CAACAACUUGCAUUCCUCACAUUUCUUGUAGUCUUAAAUCUCUCUCAUAAUCAUCUUGUUGGAUGCAUUCCCAAAGGAAAACAAUUUGAUACGUUUGAUAACUGUUCAUACCAAGGGAAUGAUGGGUUACGUGGAUUGCCACAAUCAAAUGAUUGUGGUGACGAUGAUGGGGUACCACAAGCGACAACUCCAGUUGAGCUAGAUGAUGAAGAAGAAGAAGGAGAUUUGAUCAGCUGGCAAGCGGUUCUCAUAGGUUUCGGUUGUGGUCUGGUUAUUGGACUGUCCAUAAUAUACAUAAUGUUGUCAACUCACUAUCCAGUAUGGUUUUCGAGGAUCGCUGUAAAAUUUGAACGCAGAAUUGUUACGAGAAUGAAAAGAUAUUAGUGCGUAACUUGUAUAAACUUUACUGGAAGAGAAGUAUAUGAUUUUAUUGAUAUGUAUGUGUAUAUGUACAAGAGAACACAAAACAAAAAAAGGAAAGAAUCAACUAAUAAAGAAUUGUGAUCUUCUCCUAAAUAGAAACUAAAUCACUAUACUGAGAUAUGGAAGAUUAAUCAUGAGAUAUCUUAGUAUCAAUCAAGAGAUAUUGCUAAUAUGCCCCCGCAAGAUGGUAGAUCGAUCCGAUAUACCAAUCUUGGACCUUAGUGCUUCGAAUGGAGCUUUCCGAAGCGGCUUGGUCAGAAGAUCAGCCAGUUGGUCUUGGGAUGAGACAUGAGAAGAAGGCCUUGAUGGCAGAAAUUUCGAACAAAAUGUCGGUCAAUCUCAAUGUGCUUCAUUUUGGAAAGAAAAACUGGUUUAGCACACACAUAAGUCGCGCCAAGAUUGUCACAGUAGAUAACUGGUGGUUCCUUGAGAUACAUAGAUAACUCUUUAAGCAAAUUACGGACCCAACAAAUUCCAGCUGAAGCUAAAGUAAUAGCAUGAUAUUCAGCUUCUGUGGAUGAGCGAGCAACAGCUCUUUGCUUCUUAGAACUCCAUGAGAUCGGAUUGGAGCCUAAAAACACAAUAUAUGCAGUAGUAGAGGAGGAUCUUCACGAUUACCUGCCCAGUCUGAGUCAGAGAAGGCGUGCAGAUUUAAUGACUUGCCUUUCCGAAGAAACAGGCCAUUAGCAGAUGUGCCAGCAAGAUAGCGAAGAACUCGUUUUACAAUAGCCCAAUGUGUAGUCGUUGGAGCACUUGUAAACUGAGACGAUUUGCUUACAACAAAGGCCACAUCCGGUCUGGUAAUGUGGCCAUUCUCAUAAAUGCUAGUUAUGCUGGCCAAUUUACUACUCAGCUCUUCCGUAAAACAACAAUAGCUGGCUUUCAAUCUUCUCGACCACAAUGUUAAAAAUGUACAUGUUUUCAAUAUAACACAUUAUAUUGUCAAGUAGAAUGGAGCCAUGGAAAGACCUGAGCGGGAAAGUAGUAAUGGUGACAUGGGCGUCCUCUGGAAUAGGGCGAGAGUUGUGUCUCGACUUGGCCAAAGCCGGUUGCAGCAUCAUCGCUGCUGCUUGUCGUAUUGACAGACUGAAAUCUCCUUGCAACCACAUUAAUUCAGAGGGUCUCCAGCGAGCAUUCUCUCUCGAGCUUGAUGUCACGUCCAAUGGUGCAACUAUUGAGGCUGCUGUACAAAGAGCGUGGGAUGCCUUUGGACGUAUUGAUUCCUUGAUCAACAAUGCCGGCCUUAGAGGUAAUCUUCAAACAUCUAAAAGAUAAUUAAGUUACUAAAAGAGUAAUCUCUAGAAAAAGUGUAUUUUUCAAGUGAGAUGUCACACACUUGAAGGGAGCCUUGGAGUAACUGGUAAAGUUGUUGCCAUGUGACCAUGAGGUCACUGCUUCAAGUCUUGGAAACAGUCUCUGGCAGAAAUGCAAGGUAAGACUGCGUACAUACACCCUUGUGGUGGGGCCCUUCUUCGAACCUUGCUCAUAGCAGGAGCUUCAGUGCACCGGGAGUACAGUACGGAAACAAAUGUAAGUGUUGAUGAGCAUUUUUAAACCAUCAAUCGAGUUGUUCAAAGCUUAUUUCUUGCCCCAACGCUUAUGUUGUUCAAGCUUCCAAUUAUAGACCCUGCUGCUACUCAGCAGCAAUCUGAUGAAGGAUGUUGUUUUCAGUGAUGCUAGCUGCUGUCAGCUUGGCAGUUCUUUUUGGUCUUGAUUUUUUUUUUGGAAUCUGUAGAUUAUUUUGCUGUAAGUUCUAGAUCUUUAGAAGGUAGUUGUAGUGUGUGGUGGUGCAUAAUUUCAGCACAACAUUAGGAGCCAUGUUUCCAGGUUUUGAGGGAUAUUUCAAACCACUUGUGUUAUAUAUUUUGCUGUAUGCUGUAUGAAUGUAGAUUACCGCUACUUCUCAGAUUUUUUCUCUUCUUUUUCAUGUCUGUUUUUUUUUCUCGAUUGAUCUUUAAGGGACAGUUUUUCUGAACGAAAAAAAAAAAAACAGCAAAGUUCACUGUUAUGAUCCAUUGCAAAGUCCCACGUCGGUACUACAAAGUAUUGGUGUAGGGUAUUUAUAACCUUGGUCUCUCCCACCUUAAUAGCUAGCUUUUAGGGUGCCGUUUUCCCAAGGUUGUAACUCUGGUAUCAGAGCCACCCAUCACCCUUCGCGCCCAUCGUGCCUAGGAUGGUGACGUCCGUAUCACAAUGUUCGGCUGGGGCGAGUAAUGUUUAGCGCACAACCAUCGAGGCACUUGGGCACCUCACUCGAAAAGGGCUACCUGGAAAAGAGCUACCUACAUAAGUAGAGUGAAAGCUACCCAGAGUGGAGCUGUCGAGGACGAUGGAUGCAAAGCGUGGUGGUUUGUUAUGAUCCAUUGGAAAGUCCCACAUCGGUACUACAAAGUAUUGGUGUGGGUUAUUUAUAACCUUGGGCUCUCCCACCUUAAUAGCCAGCUUUUGGGGUGCGGUUUUCCUAAGGUUGUAACAAUCACCCAACAAGAUUAACUUGUUCAGGUCUUUUUUUGACAUGGCAUCCAUCACCUCUUCUCUUUCACCUCCUAUCUUUAAUGGCGAGAAUUACCAAGUUUGGACUGUGAAGAUGAAGACAUACUUGAAAGAUCUUGGUUUAUGGAAGUAUGUUGAGGAAGACAAUGCUCCAGAAUCUCUAAGAGCAAACCCAACUCUUCAGCAGUCUUUAAUGGCGAGAAUUACCAAGUUUGGACUGUGAAGAUGAAGAAAUACUUGAAAGAUCUUGGUUUAUGGAAGUAUGUUGAGGAAGACAAUGCUCCAAAACCUCUGAGAGCAAACCCAACUCUUCAGCAGAUCAGAAAUCGUGAAGAAGAGAUUACAAAAGGUCCAAAAUCCUUGUCUUUCAUUCACGUAGCCGUCUCCGAAUCAAUUUUUACAAGGAUAAUGGCAUGUGAAACUGCCAAAAAAGCUUGGGAUAUGCUAAAGCAAGAAUUUCAGGGGAGUGAUAGGACAAGACAAAUGCAAAUAUUGAAUCUAAGAAAAGAAUUUGAGAUGUUAAAGGUGAAAGAGAUUGAAAAAGUGAAAGAUUAUAUUGAUAGGAUCAUGAAAAUUGUUAAUCAAAUUCGAUUGUCGAGAGAAAAAGUAGAAGAGCAGAGGAUUGUUGAGAAGGUGAUGGUGACAUUCCCAGAAAAGUUCGAAGCAAAAAUCUCCUCAAUAGAAGAUACUUGGGUUAUGUCUCAUGUCACGUUGAAUGAACUAUCAAAUGCUCUUCAAGCUGUGAAGCAAAGAAAAGCUUUUAGAGGGGAAGAGAGUUCAAAUGAAGUUGCUCUUGUGGCUACUCAAAAGUCUAAAGCUCAGUCUGAUGGUGAAUUAAAAGGGCAAUUAAAUAGAAGACAUGGAAAGGAGAAGAAGGAGCAAUAUAACAACAAAGGGAGAUAUAGAAGAUCGAAGUAUCCACCUUGUCCCUAUUGUAAAAAGGCCAAUCAUACAGAAAAGUUUUGUUGGUACAGACCUAGAGUUCAAUGCAAGGACUGCAAACAGUUUGGUCAUGUGGAUAAGGUUUGCAAAACAAAUCAAGCCCGACCAGCUCAAAAAUGUUGAAGAUCAUGAAGAGAAGUUGUUUGCAGCUUCUAUUAUUGGAGAAUGCAAUAUAGCAUCUCAAGAUCAUGAUGUGUGGCAUGUUGAUAGUGGAUGUACACAUCAAAAACACCUUAUAGCCUUUACCUAAGGUUGGAUACAUCUCACUCCCACUUUCUCACUUAUUUAUAAAGAAAAUAAAAAUAAAAAUUGAGGAUACUAGAAAGGGAAAUGGAAGAGGAGAUUACGAGGUGGUGAAUUGAAUAUUUGAACCGUCACCAAUAAGGUGAAAGUUCAGAUAGUCAAACAAAGAGAAGGUAAUGGUUUGACCACUCAUCUUUUUUAUUUUGGGGACUAUAACCAUCUAAUAUUCGGAACUUGUUGGUCUAAUUAGUCAAGGUUUGCGUGGCUAUUAUUCGAUUUAUACCGCAUACAAAAGGACCCUUAGAUCAAAAUACCUUUAAAGAAGAAAAAAAAUAAAAAAUCUACACAAUUUGACCUGGCGCUACGCGGGCAUAGUUGUGUACACCUAUUUUUAUAGCAACUCAAUUUUCGGCCAUCCUCUUCUUUUUCAAAGCUGGCGUAGUGCGGUCCUAAUAGCAUGGUUGCGUUGUUUUUCUAUGGAAUCUCGAUUUUCUUCAUUAUUUUACACAUAUUUAAUUAAUUUAUGAACCCCAAACUCGAUUUUGAUUACUUUUCUUAGGCUUCUACUCAGACUUUGAAGCUCCAAAGUAGUCAUUUUAGCUCAAAUAUCAUUCUACACAAAGAAUCACACAUAAUAAGCUAGCACACAAAUAUAAUUGUAAUCAAAUAGUAAUAAAAGAAUAUAUAUGAAGGAUAAAAUUAAUAUAUCCCCACUUAGUCAAGUCGUUGUUCGACAUUUAAACAUUGACAUCAAAAUAUAUGGAUAUAUGUUCGAUUAUAAUGUAUUUAUAUAUUCGGUUUGGUUCGAUUUUUAAUCUUUUUAAAUACAUAUUUGGUACAUCGCUAAUAUGUUUAUUGUUAUUCUAUGUUGGACCAGUACUGUACCCUUGAUUUAUGCAAGGACUAAACUAUAGGACACAUGUUAUUAAUAUAUAAUUAAAAUAUUGAUUUUAUUUUAAAAAUAUAUUAGACCAAAUAGCGAUAUAGCAACGCCAUUGGACACCAUGUUAUUAAUAUAUAAUUAAAUAUUAAUUUUAUUUUAAAGAUAUAUUAGACCAAAUCAAUGUUCAGUAAUCAAAAGUCUACUUUUGGCUCUAUGUGGCACACCACACAUGGUGGUUGUGAUUGUAAUUUCGAUAUCGGAUUUGAUUAUUGGCACGUCAUGAAAGACUCCUUGAUAUCGAUUAUGGUAGGUGCCAUUAUGAAUCAAAAAUCGGUUGGACAUUUUCAUAAAUGCUAGUUAAUAGUUAUGCUGGCCAACUUACUACUCGAUUCCUUCAUAAAACAUAACUCGAUAUACUUGGAACCGUUAUAUUUUAAGUAGUAGAAUGGAACCGUGGAAGGACCUGAGAGGGAAAGUGGUGAUGGUGACCGGCGCAUCCUCUGGAAUAGGGCGAGAGUUGUGUCUCGACUUGGCCAAAGCUGGUUGCAGCGUCAUUGCUGCUGCUCGUCGUAUUGACAGGCUGAAAUCUCUUUGCAACCACUUUAAUUCAGAGGGUCUCCAUCGAGCAUUCUCCCUCAAGCUUGAUGUCACGUCCAAUGGUGCAACUAUUGAGGCUACUGUACAAAGAGCUUGGGAUGCCUUUGGACGUAUUGAUGCCUUGAUCAACAAUGCUGGCUUUAGAGGUAGUGUGAGCUCUCCACUAGAAUUGUCAGAGGAGGAGUGGGAUCAUACCAUUAAGACGAAUCUUCGAGGGGCAUGGUUGGUGUCCAAAUAUGUUUGUAGAUGCACGCGCGAUGCUAAAUUGAGCGGAGGAUCUGUUAUUAAUAUCUCUUCAGCUGCUGGUCAGAAUUGGGUACUACUACCCGGAAGUCUUGCUUACGCUUCUUCAAAGAUGGCUCUUGACAUGCUCACUAGGAUGAUGGCACUUGAAUUGGGAGCAUACAAGAUCAGAGUGAACUCAAUAGCACCAGGAGUUUUCAAAUCUGAGAUAACGGAGAGACUUGUAGAAAAGGAAGGUUUCAAUAAUGUUAUUUUGUAAACUGUUCCUCUGAGAGAUCUUGGAACCAUCGACCCAGCCAUAACAUCACUCGUCAGAUAUUUAAUCCAUGAGUCUUCAGAAUAUGUAUCCGGCAAUAUUUUCAUAACUGAUGGUGGAGGCACCUUAACAGGUGUCUCAAUUUUCUCAUCACUCUAGAACAAGGCAAAUUCAUGAUCUAAUAAGUUCAAUGAGUUCAACCAAAGCCGAAUUAAAGAUUUUCUACAAUAGUGAUCGACCUCAAGUUAAUAUACAAUUAAUUGCUAUAUUCAUAUAUCUAAUUGUGCAUCUUGUUUGCUUCUUCUUAAUAACAAUGCAUAUUUUACUCACUGUAUUCCUUUUUAUUUCUUCUUCAACAACUAUUUGUUGCAACAGUAAUCUGACUAUUGAAACUGCCAAUGCAAAUGAGUACAAAAAGCAGUAACUAUCACCUCAAUAUUUCCAAAUUGUACAUAUUGUUAUCUGUGGUAUGCACAAAACUAACUGUGUAAGGCGGUAAAACGAUGUCGCAAUGGUGCAGCUUCGAAUUACAAGCAGAAACAUCUAAUAACUCCUUUGUUCAGAAGAUUCACACAAAGUACUAAGAUAUUCAUAUUCUAUUAGGAUAGAAAUUCAGAAGAAAAAAAAAUUAGACUUCCACUCGAGCUUCUAGUAAGACUAACUACAUGAUCUAUACAUGUAACCUAUAAGUAGGAACCAAAAGUUGUUGAGCUCAUGCUGUUACUAGACCGAAUUUCUGAGUCCUGUCAAAAUCGUCCGGCAUCAUACUAUCUGAUACCUCCCAAUCAAAGCAAUGAACCAAUUGUGCUAACACCAUAGUGAGCCCUAAUUGUAACCCAGGGCAAAACUUCUUCUGCUAGAGCCAAAUGUUACAAGUUGAACGUUAUGUCCAUGAAGAUCAAUGUUGCUAUCAACGAACCUUUUUCGCAUGCUUUAGACCACAAGAUUAAAGAGUAUUUUUUUCAUUCUACAUAUCUCAAGUUUAAGACCACAAGAUUCAAAAGUUUCUUUGCACUCAUAAACUCCGGGCCAAGUCAUACUGGACAAACAAAUUGGAAGAGUGGGAGUAUGUGUUUUGCUCUCCUUAAUUGACCACGAAGCAUGUAGUGCCGUACUUCUCCUCAAAAUAUAGUCAUUGUUGUCUCCAUUCUAACCUAAUUCCUUUGAGCGUGAUGAAGUCUUCGUGCCCCAAGCUUAAAUCGGAACUAGGUUGUGUCAAUUGGUCGGUAAUCUCACUCUAGGCUGGCCUUUAUACUUGGCCUUCUAGGCCUUUGGCAAAUCCUAUAAUUAUUUUGCAUGAGAUAUAACGACAGUAUGAACUUAUAUAUCAUAUAGGCGUGAUUGCAACUACUUAUGUGUUGUAUCACGUUGAGUUGGCACAUGGGAUAGAUUGAACUUAUAUGUAUUUAUUCCCCUCCUAAUUGUGAUCGGUAAUUAGUUUUUUGAGCUACACUGACUCUUCAUUGCCACUUUAUGAUAUGAUUUAUUUGAGUGGGAUUGGCUAAGAUGUGUUCUAGCUACUGCAGACAGAGAUUAUAGUGUGCAGACACUCAUGUUAUGCAUCAUCUAUUUUCGACCAUGCCACAUUAUCAUGUAAUGGAUGCAAUAAAAGAUAUCAAGCCAUGAAUUUAACGUUGUGACGCUGUGAAAGUUUAUUGAGAGAGUUUUUUGAUAGAGAAAUCUCGAGACGUUUGAUAACUAUUCUUGCCACUACUGCUGCUAACAUUCUCCAAAGGUUUGCUUUUGACAAUGUUUGCAAUUUUGCUUUAGGAUAUGAUCUUGGGCAGUUGUUGCCGUCAUCGGGUCCUGAUCAGGGAAAAUUUGCUGUUGCUUUUGAUGAUGAUGCUCGCCUCAGCUUCGAAAGAUUCUUUCUGAUAGUCGUACAGCUUUAGACGUUGAAUCAGAGAAGAUUAAGGGUUGCUGUGGAUCAACAAGUUAGUGAAUUGGCCAAGGAGAUUGUCAGAGGUAAACAGAGGGACCUAAAAUAAUUUUGUCAACUUGUGCUGUCAAGAUUCUUCAACAGUAGUAGAAUCGCAAGCAAAUGACUUUGUUACGGAUAUUUUUGCUCCUUUUUUUUGGCUGAUUUAUGGACAUCCUCAAGUAGAAUCUCAAAAUCUUGAAAGAAAUUAGUGGUGAUAUUAGUGAAGUUCCACGUCAAACAAGCGAAGCGACAGAAGCUGCGGGUUUUUUGCGACUUUUGGUGGGUGUUAGCCUACGGUUCGAAAGGUGGGCCCCGGCUUUGGGCAAGAUUUUGGGCGAACUUCUCGGGCAGUCCCACGUCGGCGUAUUAAGUGGAUCUGGUUGCUUUGGCAGGGUCGAUGGAGCCAUUUCCAAGUCAAACGGGUGAAACGUCAGUGGGUGUUAGCCCACGAUUCGAGGAGUGGGCUCCGGCUUCUAACAAGAUUUUUGAUGAAACUUCUCAGGCGGUCCCUCAAUGGCCUAUUGAGAGGAUGCGGUUGCUUUGGAGGGGCCGGUGGAGCCAUUUUCCAAGUCAAACGGGUGAAAUGACACGAAUUGCCAGCUUUUUGUGAUUUUUUGAGGGUGUUAGCCAAUUGCUCGAGGGGUGAGCCGGGGCUCCGGGCAAGAUUUUGGGCGAAACUUCACGAGCAGUCCCCCAUCGGCCUAUUGAGCGAAUCUGGUUAUGAUGAAGUGUGAAGAACAUGUAAACUCAUUACUCAAACAUCCCUUUGUGAAAGAAUGAGAGUUUACCCAUCAGUACCAAAUGAUAUUGAAGAAUCAAAUUAACAAGGAUGACAUGUAUAUUGCCAGUACGGUGCACUAAGCUCCUGCUAAGCGCGGAUCUCUGGAAAGUUCGGACCACAAGGUUCUAUUGUAUGCAGCCUUACCAUGCAUUUCUGCAGAAGGCUGUAGGGACUUGUGACCUCCUGAUCACAUAGCAACAACUUUACCGAUUACCUUGCAUUUUCUACAAGAGCAUGUUUCCUAUUCAAUGAGAAGGGCAGAGGGAGAGUUUAAGCCAGAGAGGUGGUUUGAUAGGGAUACGCAGCGCCAAGGAAUUGGACAUUUGUGGCCAAAGAUGCAUCUACAUAUCCUGUAUUUCAAGCAGGGCCAAGUGAAUUUGUUUGCUCAAAGUAAUGGUAUUGUUGCAAAUGAAGAGUGUGGUAGCUGUUGUAUUGAAGAGAUUCAAGGUCAUCCAACAAGGUGUUGAGCCAGUAUUUAUAUCAAAUCUCGCUUAAAGAGUUGGUGAUAGUUCAUGUUGGAAUGCAAACACUUAAUACCUCAGAUGAAAAACUCGCAAAAAAAGGUAUUCAGAUGUGUUUUUGAUCAUCAUCGCUUAAUUAUUUUUAAUUCCUUUAAUUAU